AUAUUGUGCCAUUGACCACAAUUCCACAAGUUCUUUUCGACAAUAUAUGCACCAGAUUUAUCUCAAUUUCUAAAUCGCGUUUAGUUUCUGGUCGGUUCUUAGCAUUUUGAGAACAAAACUAUGUGGUUGAACCUUGAAUCAACUGUUUAAUUACUUGAAUCUACUAACUUUUGUUAAGGAUAACGAUGAUCGUGUUAUUUCGAAUUCAGAGUCAGAUUGUGUAUCUAGCAUAGUAUUGAAAUUGCAUUGGUAAGAUACUGAAGACGAAGACUGCAACUCAAAAUGCCUUCUGCGCCCAAACAGGACUUUCAGCAGGAGUUCGCCGACAAGCGAGAUAAGUUUAUGACUAAUGGCACUAUCCACGAAGAAGAAGAUUUCGAAAAACCGGCCGCAAUUGAGGCGGAUAUCAAGGACAUGGAGAAGAGGAAGAGAGUGUCGUAUAUCAUGAACAGUGACGCCUUCAGAGCAGAGCUGGAGAACAUCAUCGACUACCAGCUGUCCCAUGGGCCCCACCCGGCCAGUGUCAUGGCACUGCAACACCUCGCAGACAUGCUCCUUCCCACCAACGGGGCAGGACCAUCCACCUCCACACUCUCUAAAGACGCGGGACCCCCUCCCGCAGCUGUGGGCUCGACGCCCAGUAAAGCAUCCGGUGGCAGUGUGACCCCUAUAGCCGAUCUGCGUGGAGUGGACGCGAGUGGCUACAGUAAAGGAGAGCGCUUCCUCAGAUGCAAGCUGGCUUCCUUGUUCCGACUGCUGGACCAAGAGGGCUGGGCAGACUCCUCCGUCGGAACCACCACCCACAUCUCAGCCAGAGUCUCCGGCGAGCAGGACAGUGUGUUGAUCAACCCUAGUGGCCUGCACCUGCAGGAGAUCAGUGCCACCACCCUGGUCAAAGUGGACCAGCAUGGCAAUGUGAUGCAUCCUGGAAGCACCACAUUCGGAGUGAGUGGCGUGGCCACCAGUAUGCACACGGCACUGCACAGAGCCAGACCAGAUGUCAGGUGCAUCCUACACCUCAAAGAGGCCCAUGUCAACGCGGUUUCCGCUAUGAAGCACGGCCUCCUACGCACAGGAGUGGACAGUUGUGUGCUGGGUAAUAUCUCCACCCACCCCUUCUUCGUCUCAGGGGGAGGAGCUCUCUCGGACGAUGUGAAGGAGUCUUUGUCGAGGGAGUUGGGAGCCGUGAACAAAGUGAUGCUGCUGAGCAACCUGGGAGCAGUAGUGUGCGGAGCCACAAUUGAAGAGACAUGGCAGCUAACCACAAACCUGGUGCAAGCAUGCAGGUCACAGCUGCAGUGCCUGCAAGCUGCUGGCGGCAACGUGGACAAUAUCAGUCUUGUCGGCGAAGACGAGGCUCAGAAGGUUUUCCAGAGUGCCUGGAGUGGAGGAGACCUCGAUUCUGAGGGAGGACGACAAUGGAAGUUCGGAGAGAUGUUGUUCGAAACUAAGAUGCGCCAGUUUGACAACAGCGGCUACAGGACCGGAUACAUAUACAAGAAUCCAUUGAUCAAAGUCCCCACCAAGCCCAAGUUUGAUGUUGAGGUGCCUCCAGCGACUAGCUCAAUGGGAUACUUCUCGGACAGUGAGACCCUACGGGCGACUAAGAACUCACGAGAUAGAUACAUCCACUCGGGUGGCUACGAGAGAACGGAGGCUGAAAUCUUCUCGGACGGAGACACGCCAGCGGACAAAAAGACCAAGAUCAAGUGGGUGCGCAAAGAUGACACAUCAGUUCAAAAUAUUUGA